GGAUACAAAGGAAAGCAUAGCGUUGUUGCUUUGGAGACCGUUUUGCGCGCUGUCUUCGCAAUAUUUAGCGGAUAGCUUGCAAAUACACAGUGAAUGACAACCAUGUAGUUAGCUAGUUACCGUGGCUAGUCUAGAUAACCGCACACUCUCUAACUUAAAAAGGAAUGAAGAACAGAAAAGUGAAAUCUACCAAAGCUGGAAGCAACAGGCGGAAAGUCAGCUCUCAAGUCCCCAGUGACGUGUCGCCAUCCACCAGCCUCCCUCCCCUGGUCGAGGGUCAGCUCAGGUGUUUUCUGAGGGUGACAGUGAGCAGAAUUCUAUGGACAAUCCCGAAGCCUCCAGCCGAAACAUUCGUGAGAUUGCGCUGGUGGGGAGAGUCGUCAAAUGGGACACACUUCCGUCCAAGGAAUGGAUCACAAACGACUCAGACGAUGGUCAAGUCUACCGCUCGCUUUCCCAUACGCUGUGGGCCAAAACAGUUUACGUCCUACAUGACUGAUAUGGGCUCUCUGAUGCUGGAGGUGGUGACCAAGCCAGACCAUUUGCCGAUAGCACGUGCUCAGGUCACAGGGAUUUCUCAGCUUUCUCUGUCACACGCUAUCAGUGGUUUCUAUACCUUAGUGUCUCCAACAUCUGAGAAAUUAGGCGAGUUACAGGUGUCAAUUGCUCUGGAGGCCCUGACAGAAUCCUACGACAGCAGCAGCUCGGUUCCCACCACAGAUAUGAGCAUUGAAACAGCUGUGUCUGUGAAUGGUUUGACUGCCAGGGCAACCCAGCCCCACACGUUAGUGGUGCCCUCCCUGUCCAGGCCUCUCUCUGCCAACACGGGAAAAGGUUCAGUGGGAAGCUGCUCUGUCAACACACCUCGAGGGAGAGACCACUUGUUCUUCCAGAGUGCCCAGGGGGAUGGAAGAACCGAGGUUUCUUUGGAGAACCAGAUGCCCACGUCAGCUAGGUCUCAGCAGGGUCACAGAGAUGGGAAUCCCACAGUACUGGAACCGCACAACAACCACACCUCCAAUGACAUCCUUUCAGUUCUUUUGGAGCGUGGAAGCAAGCUCAGAAAUGCGAUGGUGGUCUCAGCAUUGAAAACGGACUUGGACUCUGAAAUGGCUUUGAAAGACACUCCCCUGCCUCUCCCCAAGGACAAUGUAAUAUCUCCACGAAUGCUAUCUCUUCCGCCCUGUGGAAACUUGCUUCAGAACAUCCUCCACACUGACUCCAGUCUCCUGCAGUCUGCCCCCCUCCCUGUGUCCCCUGACUGUCUGAUAUCAGACUGUGCUCAUGCUGACUCCGAGAACAAAGCCGUGGACCUCCUACUCGGCAGUUUGGAUGGCUCCAGCCUUCCUCUGUGGGAUGGAGAAGGCUCUCCCCCAGCCUCUCUGUCAGGGCACAGCAGUGGGUGUGGAGACAGUGAGCUCAAUGACCCCCAGUAUGACCACAGCCUCCUGGAGAACUUGUUCUACAAGGCCCUGUGUCCUGACAGCUUCCUAAGGGAGUCCCCUGGUGAUCCGUCCCUGAGGAGGAGUCAGGGCCCACUGGGAGGAGCUGAGGAGAGGCCUCCUGGUCCCAGGACUACCACAUGCUUGGAUUCUGAACCGGAGCUGACACCAGGAACAGGUGACCCAGGGCUGAGUAUGGAUCAGCUGACUGUUUUAGGUGGGAUUCGAUUGGCCAGAGUGGUCAUCCACUCUCUGACUGUCCCUGUAAACAGCACCACCGUCACACCAAAGAAGAGCAAGGGCAAACCCCCUAGACCACCGACCAAUAAGAAAUGCUCCUACUUUGUGGAGUACCUGUUCCCUGUGACCCCCACCAGACAUGAGCACAGCCAGCAGAUGGCAGCAGAAGUGAACAGACUCGUCUCUAACAAAGUGUCUGGAGGAGUGGUGAAGUUCGAGCAGCGCUCCGUGUUUCCCGUCCAGUUCAACGGGGCGACCGUGGAGCGGUGGUGGGAGACUGACCUGACGUUCAACAUCUACUCAAGGAAGAUUUCCCAGAAGAAACCUGAACCCGUCGGAACGGCUGUCUUCCCUCUGCGCCGUCUGCUGCAGAGCGAGAAGCUGAACCAGACUGUGGUCCUGCCUGUCGAGAGCCUGGGCGGGCCGGCUCACACCCAGGAGAUCGGCCCACUCAAGGUGUCACUUGAACUGGCUGCAGACACCAAAGAUUUCUCUUCAGCCAACAUCAGGUCGGCUGCUAGUUCCAGAGCCCCUCCAGCUGUCAUUCCCAGUCCUCAGAGAGUUCCCAGUCCAUCUAAGACCGACACCACAGCCAGGCCUCAGGGUGCCAACACUGGCAGGAGGGAGGACGGUUGCCAAGGCCCACGAAUAGACUCCAGGAUGGGUGUGAGGAGCGUCCAGCUGGCCUCCUCCCCCGGCCCCUCCCCACUGCCCAGCCUGCAAACGUCUCCCUUCAGACCAGGCUUCCAGCAGGUCGAGGAGGACUGCGAGGUGCUCCUGCACGCCCUGCUCAUGGUGCCUGAUGGGAAGGACUUCAACUGUGGUCCCCUGCAGGCCCCCAACAUCUACUUGAACUGUAAACUGUUUGGUUCAGAUGAGACCACUAGAUCGGUGAUGAGUUGGGGACAGACCAACCCUUCAUUCAAUCUCAGUCAGGUGACUCCUGUGGCGUUGACCUCCAGACUGCUGGACAGGAUGAGGAACAAUGUGAUGGUGAUUGAGGUUUGGCAGAGAGCUGUGAGCUCUGGCCAGGAGCGUCUGCUAGGCCUGGUUAAACUACCUCUCCACCAGUUCUACAUGUCCUUCAGAGAUUCCAAAAUCUCCCACCUUCUUCUCCAGGCACAGUACCCUGUUUUGGGGGUCGACAGCUAUAUGCCAGUCAUAGAUGUUUUCUCAGGCAGCUGCAAGGGCAACCUCAGGGUCCUCUUAGCCAUGGGCUCUUCCGGGCAGAUCAUAGCUCUCCAGCGCACGAGGGAUGAAGAACAUGUCUCUGUAUUUAAUAUCCCAAGACCAGCCCAUUUGCUGGAUCACCACCCACAAACAGAAGCCAAGGGGAAGGCUGCUGCUGACAAGGCGAUGAGAGAGCAUGUGUUCGUGGUGAGGGUGGAGAAGGUGAAUGGACUGGCUCCAUUACAGUCCACUGUGUGGGGGGAGGCAGACUGUUAUGUCCAGUACUCCUUCCCGUCCCAGGAAGAAGACACCUCUCAGAUUCUGGAAUCAGACGUCAUAGAGAGCAGCGUGAGCUUGAAGCAGUUUCGGACCAGCACCACGCUAUGCGUCCCUGACCCGGUGUUCGGCCACAGCGAGACCCACGUGCUACUCAGUCCCGAGGCGGUCCCGGUCCAGAGGCUGCUUCUCGGUUCCUUCUCCGGCCAGCCGCCAGCCCACAGGGGCGGAAUCCAGUUUGAAGUCUGGUGCAGGUAUUACUAUCCCAACGUGCGAGACCAGAUGGUGGCCAGAGGGAUGCUGCCGCUGUCUAAGUUGUGUGCCAUGGUGACCAUGCAGAUGCAGAAACCUACUGAAGCUCAGCUCUUCUCUCUCCCCCUGGUCCCAAGGACUAGCCACCCAGCAGGACAUCAGCCUCAGCCCUCUGGGCUGCUUGAUGUGUGUGUCCAGUACAAACACCGACCACUGAGAUCUGGUGACCAAAGGAGUGGGGCGGUGGCCUCUCGCAUUGUCACCAUGGUGGUCAAGGUGCACAGAGCCUCAGGGUUAAAGGCAGCAGCAAGGGCUGUAACAGAGCGGGAUGAAGCGUUCCAGUACUAUGCUGAUGUCGGGGUGAACGCCUACGUCACCACCCAGCUCUCCUUCCUGCCCGAAGGAGAGCGGCGGAGCACGCGUGUCGUGGCCAGGACCUUCUGUCCAGAGUUUGACCACCACUCGGAGUUCCCUUGCCUGCUGCAGGUCCUGAGAAGCUCCGGGGAAAGCAGUAGCCUGGCUGAGAUCCUGCAGGAGGCCAGCGCCGAGCUCAGCAUCUGGAACAGAGACAGCCGCAGAGUGAUGGGAAGCCCCAAGUCAAAUGACACGCUGCUGGGCACAGUGAGAAUACAGCUGGCUGAUAUGAUCCAUAAAAGAACAGGGAUCUGUGGCUGGUUUGGCCUGUCGUUACCUCAGGACCAGGGUCCAUUUCCUGCCCAUCACAUUUUAGUGGGAGGCCUGGAGAUAUCCAUCAACUUUGCCCACCAUGCAGACAGAGAGAGGGUAAUCACUGCUGCCCAGGGCCUGGGCUGGGAGGUGGGCAUGACGGAGGACAAGGAGGACCAGGAGGCGGACAGCGAUGGAGAGGCCUGGGUGGAGAGUAGGAGGACGGUGCACCUGACGUUGGCCAUGCCCAGAGCAUGGCUACCUGUCCACAGCUUGCUUCUGCCUGGCCACAGUGAACUCCAGCGCUCAACCUACUGCUACUUCAGGUACAAGUUGUACGACCGCGAGGCCUUUUGUUCCCUGCUGAGACACCCGUGUGUGGAGGACGAGGCUGAGGAUGGCCUGGCCAGUGUGGCCUUCCCAGGAGGCAGCAGCUUGGAGUUGAAGAGCAGCCUGCCCCUGGUGUGGUACCUCCGGGAGGAGAGGCUGGAGGUGCAGGUGUGGGUGGCCUUUGGGAAGGACAGGACCAGCAGGCCUCACGACACAGACCGGCUGGUGGGCUCAGCCUUUGUGGACCUCUCUUCUUUCGCCAAGAAAUCCAGACAUAAGCUCACUAUCAGUGGAGUGUACCCUCUGUUCCGACGGUCCGCCCCAGACCUGAGUGGAGCUGCUCUCAGGGUCCAUGUCACCCUGACCCCCGGCCCUGUCCCUCUCAAUCCCCCCCCAGCAGGGGCCGACCUGGAGGACAGUGACAGCCAGGGAGCGCACUCUCCUGCAGAGGAGGUAGAUGGAGAGGGGUGUCUGCCAGCCGUUGUGUCUGGGCAGUCUGGUCCACACAGCGGACGCCAGCCUAAGUCCUCUGUAAGCGCAGGCCUCCCAGUCUUCCAGCAGACAGACGCCAGCAUGGACGACGCCUUCUCUGUCUCCGUCACUGUGGACAGAGCCAUGCGUCUCAGCCUGAAAGGCUGUCAUCUGGCUGAGGGCAGUGGAGCGAAGCCCUGCUGCUGUGUGUCGUACGUCACCGCUGACUCUGCACAGCCAAUCACCACAGAGCUGAUAGCAGACUCUGACUGCCCUGUGUGGGGUCACCAACUAGAGUGCAGGCUUUCGAAGCAGUUGCUGGUGGAUCCACAGGAGUCCCUGGUCUUCAAAGUCUGGCACAGAGGAGAUAUGGAGCGUGUGAUUGGCUUUGCCUCUGUGGACCUGUCUCCUCUGCUGUCUGGGUUCCAGUCUGUGUGUGGCUGGUACAACAUCACUGACUUCAGCGGCCAGUGUCAGGGCCAGCUCAAAGUCUCCAUCUCUCCCCUGAAGGGGGUGCAGGACCUGAAGGGGCAGAGACAAGCCCUGAAUGAAGACGUCUCAAAAGAGUCCUCAGCUCUGUUCCGUGCCCUGCCUCUGUACUACCACACAGCUGCCAGCUACAGCAGCUUCCCCUCCCACAUCAGCCGCUACCCAGAGCAGAGGGUCAUCUCCUCCCCUGACCGCCAGGACCAUCUACGCCCAGAACGGUUCAGCGAGGGCGAUCGUCACGACGAGCACAUGGACAACGUGAGACUGUACCACCAGAGUCUCCAGGAGGGGGCGGCGGUACAGUCCACGGGAGUCGCGGCGGACUCCCAUCCGUCCAGCUCUAUGCUCUUCUCUGCGCUCAGGAAGAACCUGAGUGAGUUGGAUGACAUGCAGAGGUAUUUCAACCACAAGCUGUCCACGCCCACGUUCCCCUCCCGAAGUGAUCCAGGACGUCUGUCCAGCAGGCUGGAGGAGCACAGAGACUCUGAGACUGACACCAGGCAGCUCCUCCUCAAGUCCAGCAGGCUGGUGGGGGAGGUCAACAGCCUCGUCAGUGGUCUACAGAGCAGUCACAUGGAGACAGUAUCCUCCGUCCCUCAGUGCUUCCCAGCAACCCCUCCAGUUCCUGACAACCAGUCCUUCACCUCUGAACCCUGCCCUAAUGGUCUUCCAUGUUUCCGCAAAACCACCCACUCUCCCCUGGUGGAGGAGUCUCCUCUCCCCUCCCCCCCGCCUGGCCCGUCUGAGCAGCACAGUGAAUCCCAGGCUGAGGACCAGGAAGAGGAGGACUACAACCUCCAGAAGGCCCCCUCCUCUGAGGAUGAAAUUGAUGACGAUGGAGGAGGUUGUGGACAGGAGAUGGGAGAGGAGGACGAGGAGGAUGGAGAUUAUGAGGAGACGGUAGUAGAACCUCGACCUCUAAAUGAAGUGACCUCGUUAACAGACAGGACCAGCCCCUGGACCAGCCUGCUGUCAGACCCUGACCUGGGCUCUCUGGAGAGUAUGGAGGCCCCCGAGGAGCAGCCUUCCAGAGACGGAGCCUCUCACCCCUCAGACUUGUCCCCAGAGGAAGAGGCAGGGGUGGGUGUGGGGACCCAGAUGACCAACCUACAGUCCUGGAGCUCAGGUGGUUCUCAAGCAGCCAUAGUGAAGGACAGUGAACGUUUUCACUCUGACCGCUCAGACGGUUCAGAAACGGACGACUCUGACACAGACAGAGGAGGCGCGAGGACACGUCAAACUCCUGAUGAGGUAGGACCUCUGGAGCCCCAGGAUUCUGGUGCGGCUCCUCUUUCUGUCCCCUCGAUGUCCUCUGAAGACACACCCAACAGGGCUCGUGGGGACAGAGGCGGCAGCUCAGAAGAUGAGGACACCAUGAUGUCCCUCAACCCAGAAUACACCACAAGGACAUCUGAUACCUGCUCAGUGAGAUCCCCUGAGGAGGGAGAUGGAAUGCUACUGCAUUCUGACCCUGUAGAAAUCCCAAAUUUCUUUCUCCCACCCCAUCACCUUGAAGCUUCCAUGAGAGCCUUACGUCUAGCCCCGGCCUUCCCUAAAGAUAGUCUUGUUCAGCAGGGGAUUCCCUACAGACGAGCACCUAGACCCAGGCCUAGCAUACCGCCAUCUUCCAUGAAGAAAGAAGAGACCAAAAGAAUAGCCAAGAUAUUUGCAGCUCAUUUUAGUGAAAAACAUUAGCACUUGUACCAAUUGCCAUUUAGCAUUAACAUUUUAACAAGUUUACAGGUUAUGACCUAAUAAACUGGCAGUAUAGUGCUUUGCAAUUAUGUAAAAUAAUAAUCUGUACAGUAACUUGUCUGUUUUAAGUAAUAAAACUUUAAUAUGUAUAAGUAA